GGUCGGGCCGGGCCCCGCCGCGCGGCCGCGGCGAAGUUCCUCAGGGCGGGCCGGGCGGCGCGGCGCGGCCGCCAUGGAGGGAAAUGAGCCGAGCGAACGCAGCCCCUUGCUGGGCAGCGGGGAGCGCGGGCGGGCAGCGACCAGCGCGUUCCACGGGCGGCGCUUGGCCUGCGCCGCCGUGCUGCUGGCCGAGCUGCUGGAGCGAGUGGCCUUCUACGGCAUCACCUCCAACCUGGUGCUGUUCCUCAACGGGCCGCCCUACGGCUGGGAGGGGGCCCAGGCCAGCCAGGCCCUGCUGCUCUUCAUGGGCAUCACCUACCUGGUGUCGCCGUUCGGCGGUUGGUUGGCGGACGCCCUCCUGGGCAAGUUUGGCACCAUCCUGCUGAGCAUGGCGCUCUACCUGCUGGGCAUGCUGGCCUUCCCCGUCAUCGCCGCACCACACACCCGCCAGGGCCUCUGCGGGGACAUCCCCCUGUUCCCGGUGGAGAACUGCUCCUCUCCAGCGGCCAACGCCACCGUGGCACCUUGCUCCCAGGUGGGAGCCACCCACUACUGUGCCACCGCCACCUUCAUCGGACUGGUCCUCGUGGGGCUGGGCGUCGGGUCGGUCAAGGCCAACAUCACCCCUUUUGGGGCGGACCAGGUUAAAGAUCGGGGUCCAGAAGCCACAAGAAGAUUUUUUAAUUGGUUUUAUUGGAGCAUUAAUUUGGGAGCUAUUCUCUCUCUGGGAGGCAUUGCGUACAUUCAACAGAAUGUGAGCUUUGUUGUUGGAUAUAGCAUCCCAACGGUUUGCAUUGGGAUUUCCUUCAUGGUUUUCUUAUGCGGUCAGAGUUUCUUCAUCACCAAACCGCCUGACGGGAGUGCCUUCACAGACAUGUUUAAAAUCCUCGCGUAUUCUUGUUGCUCAAGAAAGAGACAUGUGGAACGAUCAGCUCAGAGCGAAGGCCAAGGAGUCCUUCAGCAGCCUCGCAAGCAAAGCCUGUUUGAGAUGGCCAAGCUGUCCCGUGGGGGCCCAUUCAGAGAAGAUAAAGUAGAAGAUGUGAAAGCUCUCGUCAAGAUUAUCCCUGUCUUUUUGGCUUUAAUACCUUACUGGACAGUGUAUUUUCAGAUGCAGACAACGUAUGUAUUGCAAAGUCUCCAUCUGAAAAUUCCCGAAAUAUCAAAUGACACCAACUCUAUUCAUACGUUUCCAGCAGCCUGGCUGACUAUGUUUGAUGCAGUGCUUAUUCUUAUCCUAAUACCCUUAAAAGAUAAAUUGGUGGACCCAAUUUUGAAGAGGAACGGCCUGCUCCCUUCCUCGCUGAAGAGGAUUGCCGUUGGAAUGUUCUUUGUGAUGUGCUCUGCGUUUGCUGCAGGAAUUCUGGAAAGCAACAGAUUGAAAAUUGUGAAGGUGAAAACAAUUAAUCAGACAAUCGGGAACGUUACAUACCAUGCCGCAGAUUUGCCGAUAUGGUGGCAGAUUCCUCAAUACGUGCUGAUCGGAUUCAGUGAAAUAUUUGCAAGUAUAGCAGGUCUAGAAUUUGCGUAUUCAGCUGCUCCCAAAUCCAUGCAGAGUGCUAUCAUGGGGCUGUUUUUUUUCUUUUCGGGGAUUGGCUCAUUUGUUGGCUCUGGAUUGUUGGCACUGGUGUCUAUUAAAGAAAUUGGCUGGAUGAGUAAUCACACAGAUUUUGGCAAUAUUAACGGCUGCCAAUUAAACUAUUAUUUCUUUUUGCUGGCCGCUAUCCAAGGAGCAACCCUCUUGCUUUUCCUUAUUGUUUCUGUGAAAUACGAUCAUCAGAAAUCCAAGGUUCACGAAGCGGCUGCCAACGGGAGGAUCUGAGCGCGGUUCCAGAGCAGCCGUCAGUCGAGCAGCGCGCAGGGACGCGCCGGCGCACCCGGAGCCUGCGCCAUCCCGUGUUCUCUCUGGUGAGACUCUUUCUAGACUUGCAUGUUCCAAGAGCUCUUGCCCCCUCGCUCGUGUAACACAGGUAAGUGCCUUAUGUUGGUGGGGUCGGUUCUUGCACUACGUCCUGGCACGGGAGGACAAACCCAAACCUCGGAAGCAUGUUAACUCGAGGCAUUCGAGUUGCUCCUUGUGAAUCGUGAGACGUUUACUUACGUCUUGCAAGUUGGGAUGCUUAUGCUUGGAAAUGGAGUGUAACAAGUGACAUGGGACAUGAUUGUUCUGACUGAAAAACUCUGCUUAGUGAAGAGCAGAGAGGAACACUCAACGCGCUCCAGCCUACGUGGAGGACACAGGAAAGAAAACAUUCUACAGAAACCUCAAGUAGUGGUUACAAGAAUAAAUGUUCAGUCCUGAGGGUCAUCGUUGGGGGAGAAACAGAGACAAAUUAGCCCCUAUUAAAAAGAAAUGUGGUAUUUUAAUUGACCUUUCACUGACAGUGUCUCAAGGAUUGAAGUCCAAACUUGCAGUCAGGAGUAUCCAAUACCGAAGACUGAAUUAUGUGUCACAGGAGCUUGUCCUGUAGCUGCUGUAAGUUGUGGUGCACAAUGAACGCUUGUUGGGACUGAAAUGGUUUUACUUCAGAGAUGUUUUAAUUUUGAAGCUGCAUUGGAUGAAACAUAGAUCAUUUGACAAAGCACCGCUCAGCCUAACGCUGUUACUUCCCUAAGGAAUAUUCUAAAUAUUUGCAGAAAGCAAAGUGAAUUCCCAGCCGAUGAAUGCGCAAUAACUAUUUAGAAGCCUUUCAGCCAGUUCCUUCAGUCUUUUGUCUUACUUCUAGCUAACGUGCUGCAGGGGUUGGAUCUUUCAGCAACACAUUCCUAUAGCAGAGCAAGUGGGUUUAUGUUCAGCCUCUUGAAUUUUAAUGAUUCUAACAACUGUACUUAAGAUUGCCUGUAGACUGGUGUGGAAGAUGCAAGGAAUUAUGCAGAAAGAAAGAAAUUAAAAACUCAACUUUUUAUUAAUGUGUUGAAUUUUUAUAGUUUCCUUUGUCUGCAUUUACAUUGUUAAAAUGUCCUUCUUUUGUACAUGGACAUCUUUUAAAUGAGUUUACAAAAUAAAAUGAACUUCCAUGCUGUGA